AUGCCAUCACCAUAUAAGAGCCCUAUUGUUGAGUCAACGUGGGAGAGGCUGCACAUGACACAGGCAGCUAGGCAGGCCGUUAUUUCCUCUGCAAAGAUUGUGGUUAUAUUUGCCUUUCUAUUCUUUGACAUGUCCUACUCAGUGUUCUCGGGUCUUGUGUCAUUGGCCCAUCCAGUCGUUUGGUUUACUGAACUAUCUUUAGCCAUCCUGUUGGUGUUCCAAAUAAUCAGUAAUGGGUUACUGCUAUGUCGCUAUUUCUGGAUGUGCGUAUUUGGAUCUGCUGUUGAUAUUACCGAAGAUCAGGGUAAACUAAUGGCCUUGCCUAUAAAUAGUACAGCUUUUAAAACCAAAUCACCAGAGAAACCUCAGUCAGCAUCUUCAUCUUUGAACCUCAGCCACUCUAAUGCUUAUGGAACCAUGGACAUGACACCUCUCAAGUCUUCAACCAGCCUCACAGCUCACACCCCAGGCAGAUACCAGUCACCUGUCAGUAACUCAUCAUUAAUGUCACCUUAUGCUUCGUACUUCAGCACACCAUCCCAGAACAGCAGUUACACAUCAAGCUUCAAUUCUUCAUUUGAUAAGAGCCUGAAUCUGUCGGCAGUUUCCCAGUCUUCAGGUAGAGGUGAUUAUGACAGAGCAAGCAUGAGGUCAUGGAGAUCCAAGUCAGUCCCCCUCAGUAUCUCCUCUUCAAAAUACAAGCACAUCACAGACGUUGACACCCUGCACCGCUACAUAAAUGAAGAGGAUGAAAAGGAACGCAUUAAGUCUCAGGUUUCACUUGAGAAUCUGCCGGCAGGAAACCUAUCCUUCUUGUCAUUUGGCCUCAAUCCCUUGGAUUUUACACAGAUAUUCCGUAAAUUCACCUACCAGCUGUCACCUAGUUCAUCAACAGCACCAACUUUGAACAGCUCCAGUGAUCAGAUAACCAACCAGGGUAUUGGAGAUGUGUGGAAUAAAUAUGAUGUCAGUGAAAGUGAUCUCUGUGUCUGGAUUGAGAAAUUAAGAAAAUGGAUCAGUUUCACUAUUGUUUCCCGUUUGAAUGCGGAGAUAGAUGAAGUAAAUGCAUCUCUGCGAAAGAUAGGAUGUGAAGACACGCAGGUUGGGGAAGUUGGAGUUUCCGUGUUGAAGCAGUUGGCCUUAACAAAGGGGACUUAUGUUCCAACACUGAACAGUGUUGUAGCCUACAUGGAUUUCUGUCCCAAUCAAGAAUAUCUCCGAAACAGAAUUAAGGAUCUCAACACUGGCAGUAUGAGUGCAUUUACUUGGGACAGGGGUGGUAACUAUGGCAAACCCUGGGGCGAGCACUUGCCAACAGAUGCUGCACUUGUGAUGCAUUUGUUCUGCUGCUACCUGGACUCCCGUCUCCCAGCACACCCCAAAUAUCCAGAUGGGAAAUCGUUCACAUCUCAGCACUUUGUCAAGACUCCUGACAAGCCUA